AUGUCGGACCCUCAGGCGCAACUCCAGAGCGCAGUCGCCUCGCGGCAAAAGCUCGAGGGCCAGAAGCAGGAAAAUCUCGGAGUUCAACAGGAGUUUGACCGACUACAAGACGGCGAGACCAUCUACAAGCUCACUGGCCCCGUGCUUCUGAAGCAGGACAAGGUGGAGGCUGAGAGCACGGUCAAGGGCCGCCUUGAUUUCAUCAGCAGUGAGAUUUCUCGGUUCGAGAACCAAAUCAAGGAAACUCAGGACAAGCUUGAGAAGAAAAAGACCGAGAUCAUCCAGAUCCAGUCGGGUGCUCAGGCGGCCGCUGGUGGCAAGGGCAAGGAUGGCCAGUAA